AUGGGUAAAGCUUCGGUGAUCUUAUACAUCACUGUGGGGAUCUUCGUCCUCUUCCUCAUCUCUUAUUCACCGAAGAAGAAGAGUGACCAAGAUCACCACCACGGUGGUCAAAACCAACAUCAUCGACUCAAACUCCGUUCUUCUUUCAAUUUCAAACCUACUCGUCACGAUCCGGUUCCGUUCGAUCCUCUCGUCGCCGACAUGGAGCGCCGUCGCGAGGAUAAGGAGUGGGAACGGCAGUACAUUGAGCAUUCUCACCCGGAUUUAGCUUCUCAUUCACAGAAAGCAGCAACCGAUGAUCACGCACCUGGUCACGAAUCGCAGCCUGAGUGGGAGGAUUUCAUGGAUGCUGAAGAUUACUUGAAUAAUGAGGAUAAAUUCAAUGUCACCGAUAGGCUGAUUGUGCUGUUUCCGAAGCUUGAUGUUUCUCCGGCGGAUGGGUUUGUGACUGAGAGUGAAUUGACUGAGUGGAAUAUGCUGUCUUCUGCUAAGGAAGUCAUACACAGGACUCAAAGAGACAUGGAUGUUCAUGAUAGAAACAAGGAUGGUUUCAUUUCAUUCUCUGAAUAUGAACCACCAUCUUGGGUUCGGAAUUCGGAUAAUAAUUCCUUUGGCUAUGACAUGGGCUGGUGGAAGGAGGAGCAUUUUAAUGCAUCAGAUGCGGAUGGUGAUGGUCUACUGAAUUUAACAGAGUUUAACGACUUUCUGCAUCCUGCUGACACCAAGAACCCUAAGUUACUGCUUUGGUUGUGCAAGGAGGAAGUAAGAGAAAGAGAUUCAGAUAAAGAUGGUAAGAUCAGUUUCAAAGAGUUUUACCACGGCCUAUUUGACACCGUAAGGAACUAUGAAGAAGAUAAUCACAAUUCUACGCAUCCUUAUCAUGACUUGCCUGAAGGCCCUGCAAAGCAGUUGUUUGCUCAGCUUGACAAAGAUGAUGACGGGUACUUAUCGGACGUUGAAUUGCUUCCCAUUAUCAGUAAAAUCCAUCCUACGGAGCAUUAUUACGCAAAACAACAAGCUGAUUAUAUUAUAUCACAGGCGGAUUCAGACAAAGAUGGACGUCUGACUUUGGCAGAGAUGAUUGAGCAUCCAUAUGUAUUCUACAGUGCCAUUUUUGACGAAGAUGACACUGAUGAUGACUAUAGCUUCCAUGACGAGUUUCGUUAG